AGAUACACGUUUUGUAGGUUGGUAGUAAACAAUAAAUGAUGAACGAAGUGUGUUUGGUUUGGAACGUCCUAAGUUUAUUUGUUUAUCAUUUUCCUCAUAAAGUUCCGUAUUAUAAUUAGUUGGCAAAAUGAAGAUGAAACUGAUAGAUCAGGUGGUUCGAAGUUUUCGAGUUGCGAAAGUGUUUCGUGAAAAUACGGACAAAAUAAACGCCAUAGACUUUUCACCGAAUGGCGAGACACUAAUUUCUUGCAGCGAGGACGAUCAGAUUGUGAUUUACGAUUGCGAAAAGGGAACUCAAGUGCGUACCGUCAACAGCAAAAAGUACGGAGUCGAUUUAAUACAUUUCACACAUGCGAAAAAUACUGCGAUACACAGCUCAACAAAAGUAGACGAUACGAUCCGCUACUUAUCACUCCACGACAAUAAAUACAUACGAUACUUUCCCGGUCAUACGAAGAAAGUGGUAUCGCUCUGCUUGUCACCUGUGGAAGACACCUUUCUUUCGGGUUCGCUGGACAAAACGUUGAGGUUGUGGGAUUUACGAUCGCCGAACUGCCAGGGUUUGAUGCAUUUAGCCGGCCGUCCUGUCGCCGCCUACGAUCCGGAAGGUUUAAUUUUCGCGGCCGGCGUCAACUCCGAAAGUAUUAAGUUGUACGAUUUGCGUUCGUUCGAUAAAGGCCCGUUCAUUACUUUUAAGCUGACGCAGGAGAAAGAGUGCGAUUGGACCGGUUUAAAAUUUUCGAGGGACGGAAAGACGAUCUUAAUAAGCACAAACGGAUCUAUAAUUCGACUGGUCGAUGCAUUUCACGGAACUCCACUACAGACGUUCACCGGACACUUAAACAAUAAAGGCAUUCCAAUUGAAGCGUCUUUUAGUCCCGACUCGCAGUUUAUUUUUAGCGGUUCUACUGAUGGUCGUGUGCACGUUUGGAAUGCAGAUACCGGUUUCAAAGUUUGCGUUUUAAAUGCCGACCAUCCAGGUCCCGUUCAGUGUGUGCAGUUCAGUCCGAAGUACAUGAUGUUAGCGUCGGCGUGUACUAACAUGGCAUUUUGGUUACCUACAAUUGAUGACACUUAAAUUACGAACACUUGUCAAUUUUUGAGACGUAAAUACGUAACGUACCUGUUUCGAGUAACAAGUACCUACACUGUGUAAAUAAGGACCUUUGUUCUCAAAUUUUUUACUUCAGUGUUCAUUUUGUAUCGUGCUAGUUAUAGACUUCCAAAAUGUGUUUAUGAUUUCUAUGUAAGUGUCAAAAGGUUAUUUUUAUAAAAAUUAAGAAAUAGUGUAAGAAGAAUAAGGCAAUUCAUUGAUAGGAAUGUAGAUAUAGAGGAAGUGGUAGUUUUAUCAGAUUAACUGUAGAUUUAUUUUUAAGAAGUGGCAUUAAGACUGUGAUCACUUCAAGUAGAAAUUAUUGUAGUGUAGCGAACUUUGCAAAAGUGAGACUUUAUUAUAUAGGUGAAUUAGUUUCCCAUAGAAGUAGAGAUAUGUGAGUGUUAAUUGCAAAAUUAUUUUAAUAAGAUACUAAUUUGUACAUUUUCAGAAUCACUGUCCACAAUCUGGUAAAAACUCUAAUUUUAGGAUGAAAUGAAAUGACUCCCUGUAUUGAUUUUUAUGUGUUCAUUUUCAAUAAAAUUGUACAGUUUCCCUUUCA